UGCACUUUCUUUCGCCCAACACAAACACCUCCACGCCCACGAACACCCUGAGUGUGUGUGUGACCAGUAGUUGCUGUGUUUGAAGGAGGCAGGCAGAGGAGCAAGCAUAGAGACAAGACCAGACGAGGAGGAUGCGGAUGACGCUUCUGGGAGGCGUGGCUGUGCUGGCCACGCUUGGCGUGAUUGUGCAGGCGCAGUUUGGUGACAUUCCCACGUGCACAGACGCGGGCAUCGACUCUGAGCAAGCCUGCACUGCUGGCUGUGUCGGCCAGGGACUCACAUUCAACAGAUAUGAUGAACUUGACAACUUUGGGCAGCUCUGCUUUUGCACCGAUGCCAGCGGGAAUCUGAUGCCCAUCUGCCAGCCUUCCCUCACGCCGCCAACUCAGCCUGGCGGAGGCGAUGCGGAUGACGAUGCAGACGCCGACUGCGAAGCUUCUUGCGCGGAUCUUGCUGCAUGUGGAUUCCUGUCGGAGUGUGCCGAUGCCCUGCGCUGCGUUGUUGAGAACCACGAGGAGCUCAAGUGUCUCGCAGACCCGACAGCCUGCGCCGAUGAAUGCGAUCUGAUGGAGAACCCAGCCGCGAUCGGCUUGGUUGGUUGCGUGCAAACCUGCGACGCCAACGCACCGCUGUGCACCAGCAUCUGCACUGCCCUUGAGCUGUCCUGCAGCCAGGAUCCCCUCUGCAAGGAGACGCUUGUGUGCUCGCAGGACAAGAUUGCCAAAGAGUGUCUGAUGGCCGGCAACGAGUGCUCCGAUGACAUGAUCGAGCAGUUUGUCAUGGAGUGCAGUGUGGUUGUGCCGCCACCUGUCGCAGAGCACGUGCUCCAGGCCAUCCGCUGCAACGGCAAGUGCGACAUGAUCACGUCCACCGUCAGCAGCACCAACCCCCCGCCCGUGUCCACCACCACUGCUGCCGCUACUGCCUCGACCACUGCUGCCGCCGCGACCACCACCAUCUUUGGGCCCGGCUCUGGACCCGUCGGCUGCGCCACCCAAUGCGCUGACGCCUCCAACUGCAUGCUUGGCAACGAGUGUGGACAAAACCUCCAGUGCGCCAUCUCUGGUCUGGUCCAGGAGACGUGCGAGGACCCCAUGUCCUGCAUUGACGGCUGCGUUGACAACGCAGACACUUCCCCUUUGACGGAUGCCCUCAAGUGCACGGCCCAGUGCUCCGUGCCCGAUACGUGCAACGCCCAGUGCCUGCUGCAGCAGGGCAUGUGCGCUGCCGAUGCAGACUGUCUCAAGGUCCUGCAGUGCGCCGGCGAGUUUAUCCGCAACAACGACUGCACCACCCCAACAUGCGCCGACAAGUUUGACCAGCUCGUCAUGCACUGCGCCGACACGACGGGCGUUGACCCGAGUGUGCUGGCUCAGGUGCAGGUCAUGUUUUCGUGCUUCGACGCGUGCACCCCCACCAUGCCCACCGCGCCGCCGAGCAACACCACGGACGACGACGGCCCGUGCGGCGCGCAGUGCAUCGACGACCUCAACUGCUCCCUCGGCACAGACUGCGCACAGUCGCUCGUGUGCAUGGCCACGGGCGCCAUUGACCAAGCCUGCAACACCAUUGAUGAGUGCCGUGGCAUCUGCACCCACAACGAUCAGCUGGCGGCCGACGUGCAAGCCGUCCAGCACUGCACAGACUACUGCGACUUCACCGCCCGUGCGUGCCCGUAUGCGUGCGGGAUGGUGACGGACGUGUGCUUUGAUGACGACAACUGCCGCAAAGCGCUCUCAUGCCUCGAUACGGGCGUGGCUGAGGCCAUGAACAUGAAUCUCACUGGCGACGACCUCAACAACGUCAUCUUCACCUUCAUUGACCGGUGUUCCAUGGGCAACGAAGCUGUGUACAACGUCAUCGACACGAUUGGCAUGUGCCGCAUGCACGACCGCUGCCAAAUUGCACCCCAGUCCACCAUGAGCACCACAACCACCACCACCCCGUUUGACCUUUGCGCUAACCACUGCAUCGAUGAGCUGUCGUGCCAGCUCGGGACGUCGUGUGCAAAGGACGUUGGCUGCAUCGUUGACAACGCCGCUGAGCGCAAGUGUGACGACUUUGAGACCUGCUUCGACGUCUGCGACACUAAUCAAGAUGAAGACAUGGCUGUGCUGAACGUUGCGUCGUGCUUCCACGGGUGCGGGCUGGGCGAUGCUGUGGGUCCAUAUUGCGUCGCCUGCCGCAUUGAAUCCUUCCUGUGCGAGCAAAAUGCCGAGUGCCGCGAUGCCGUCGAAUGCUUCAAGAUGAGCGGGUGCUCCGACCUGGGCUGUGACGGCCGUGGAGCAGACAUCCUGCAGACGUGCACGAACAACCUCGGCGAGGAUGUGGUCAGCGCCGUCAUGUCCUCUGUCACAUGCAGCACAGACUGCAUGGAGCCCACACCGCCACCAACGGGGGAUGUGACACGGACGCCAAUCGCCACCACCGCCACCGUCAGCAGCAGCACCACCACCACACCAGUCGCCACCAAGACUACAGAAGGCAGUGACACCACUACCACCACACCAGUCGCCACCAAGACUACAGAAGGCAGUGACACCACUACCACCACACCAGUCGCCACCAAGACUACAGAAGGCAGUGACACCACCACUACCACACCAGUCGCCACCAAGACUACAGAAGGCAGUGACACCACCACUACCACACCAGUCGCCACCAAGACUACAGAAGGCAGUGACACCACCACCACCACACCAGUCGCCACCAAGACUACAGAAGGCAGUGACACCACCACUACCACACCAGUCGCCACCAAGACUACAGAAGGCAGUGACACCACCACCGCCACAACGGUCACCAAGCCAGACACCAAGACUACGCAGCAGGGUGACACCACCACGACCACCACGACCACCACCAAGCCAGGUUCCAAGACGACGGCGACUGAUGUGCAGUCCACAAGCAGCCAAGCCGUGUCCACCCGAGGCCAGUCCACGCGCCCUACUGGCUCCUCCACAACAUCAACUGCAAGUGGAAGCGCAAGCACGGCCUCUGCGAUGCCAGCGACCACCACCAGCACCACGGCGGCACCGGCUGUGUCGACGACCACGAACGAGGUGGUUGGCUGCGAGGCGCGCUGCUCUGCGGCCAUCACGCGCUGCAGCUUCGACACGACGUGCAUCCCACAGCUGGAGUGCCUCAUGCAGACGUGCAACGGCCACCCAAGCACCGCGUGCACGCGUGUGUGCGGGCUGGACACGAGCGACACGACAUUCGGCGCCGUGCACACGUGCUACUCCGACUGCCUCACGCCCGUCAGCGCAACCGUGCUGCUGUCAUCCAACCUCACGUUCACUGGUGUGAGCGCCAGCACCGUCAACUCUGCGCGGGCCGCCGUUCUCGCCGCCAUUGAGGACUUUUUGUCGUUCCACCCCUUCUUUAUUGCCACGCACGAUGCCGGCGCACAGGUGUUGUUUGAGUACGCGGUGCUCGUUCCGCUGGAUGUCGCCGAUGAUGUGCGUGCAGCCAUCGUGCGCAUGAACCUCAACACGUUUGACCUGCUGACGGCCAUCCGUGACAACCUCAGCGCCAACAACGCCACGUCGCUCGUCAACGACUUCACCAACUCGGACGUGAGUGGCAGCGAUCCGCAGCAGACGGUGUCCAUGGAGCCGAGCACGUCCAACUCGACUGCUGGCGUCACCCUUGGCGGAAUCAUCGGUAUUGCAAUUGCCGGCGUUGUUCUCCUCGUCAUCAUCGUCGCUGUUGUCAUGCGCUCGCGCUCCCACUCCAAGCUUGGCGUUGCCAGCGCGUACUCAAACCCGUCUGUGCGCGACCCGGCGUCCACGUUUGAGAAUCCGCUGUACCACUCGCACGCGGUGGAGACGGACCCUGACUACGACACGGUCAACCUGCAGGACGGCGGCUUUGGGCACGAGGACGGCAUGUACUUUGACGCCGCACCACCCAUGGACGAGCCAACUUACGACUCGCACGCUUAGAGUCGCUCUCAUUUGCACUGCUCUAUGCUUCGUUUUGUUUUGUCUUUUCAAUUUUGUUGCUGCUGCUGCUGCUGCUGCUGCUGCUGCUGCUGCUGCUGCUGUUGUUGU